AUGGCCGUUGACAAUGUGAACACGUACUCCGUCUUUCUUGUGAAACGUGACGCAAGAGAUGAGCUCGGCAUUGGGAUGCGGCCAACGGAUGGCCAACGUGCAGCCGAGGUCGUCAAGAUCGAAAGAGGUCUAGUGAGUAGAUGGAACAGGCUCUGCCCAGCUUGGAGUGUGCAAGAGCAGGAUGAAAUCAUCAAAGCCAAUGCGGUCGCUGGUGAUGUCAAGUCGGUUGUCAAGGAAAUCCGAAGCAGCAGCGAAGUCAUGUUGAAACUACGGCGCAAGCGGGUAGCAUUGCGAAGAUUGGCAGAUCCAGAGGCGAUGAAGGAUAAGGCUAUGAUGCAUGCUCUCGCGAUGAAGUUCAUUGAAGCAUGCAGACGCUACUCGGGCGAACCUCCAUUGCUCGCUAUCUUGGCUAUACUCACCGGUACAAUUCUCUUUGAUGCAGACGUCGAACCAUUGUAUAGCUACUUGUCUCCACACCUGAAAGCCAUGAUCCCAAGGCUCACCCUUUACCAAGCAGCUCAGAUUCUUUGGCUUUUGAGUAUACAAGACGUGUUUCACGACCAGUCCAUUGUGAACGGUCUUGCCAACCAAGUUGUACUGCGUCUCCGAAAUACCGCCAUCGCCGACAAGCAUAAGAUCUAUAUCCCGGGCACUGUCGGCGCGCUGAGGAUGUUGCGCUUUGAACCCUCAUCAGAGGUCAUGCGAGAAUUGAAGUCGACAGCUGAGCGACUUGGCAUCACCGACCAGGAACUGGAUCGUCCUCAAAACCAUGCUCGCUUAAUGCUCAGAGGCAAGGAGUAA